CUCCGCUCUCGCCUUUUCAUUCUCUCUCUCUCUCUCUCUCUCUCUCUCUCUAGCCUCAUUAAGUGUCAUUUUCUCACACAUACUUCACACAAACAAGCGAGAAACAACCAUUUCACUUGACACCUUGUCCUCCGCUCGACCUUCUCUCUGUGUCUGUGUCUGUGUCUGUAUCUCUCCCUAUCUCGCGCACACUCUCAUUCACCCCUCUCCCCCAACCCUCGCACCUCUGCAACUAUAAUUGAUCAGCACCAUCAUAAUAAAACCCUGAAAUCUUAACCUAAAAUUCGUCAUCCAUUUCAUUGGUUCUCUCGAAGCUUAUACCUUUUACCAAGAAGCUAGACUGACACCGAGAAGGAGAAGAAGCUUAGGAAGAAAGGGAAAACAACUGUAAAGAGUUACAGAAGCUGUUUCUUUGCUCGUGAUGGAGCUUUUUCCAGCCCAACCGGAUUUAUCACUUCAAAUUAGUCCCCCAAACAGCAAACCCACAUCAGGAUGGAGGAGAACAGAUGAAGAGCUACACUUGGGUUUUUGGAAACGAGCCCUAGAUUCCAAUAACACCAUCACUUCAGCUGCCAAACCCAAUACCAGUUUCGAGCUCUCGUUGUCAAAUCCCAGCAGGGCGUCAGAACCUAACUCCAAUCAUCUUCAUCAUCUUCUUCACCAUGGUCACAGCAAUCUUAUCCAUGUCAAUCAUCAACAGCAUCAUCAAAACCAGCAACAUCAACAUCUACAUCAACAAGGACUUCACCAAGAGCUUGGAUUCUUAAAGCCCAUAAGAGGAAUUCCUGUCUACCAUAACCUACCUUCGUCCUUCCCUUUUGUCCCACAACAGACUCUCGAUUCUUCUGCAACUACCACCGCCCCCACUACAUCUACUUCCUUCCCUUCUCAAAGUCUCAUGAGAUCGAGAUUCUUGUCGAGGUUUCCAGCAAAGCGAAAUAUGAGAGCUCCUCGAAUGCGAUGGACUACCACCCUCCAUGCCCGCUUCGUUCACGCAGUUGAGCUAUUGGGUGGCCAUGAAAGGGCUACACCCAAAUCAGUUCUUGAGCUCAUGGAUGUAAAGGAUCUCACUUUGGCUCAUGUAAAAUCUCAUUUACAGAUGUAUCGAACUGUAAAAACUACAGACCGACCUGCAGCAUCUGGCCAACCGGAUGGAUUUGAAAAUGGUUCAGCAGGAGAGGUUUCUGAUGACAUCAUGCUCGAUUCACGAGGGUCUGAGCUAACUGUACAACAGGGCAGGCCAAGCAUGCACCAAGAUCAGGACUAUCGUGGUCUCUGGAGCAAUUCUUCAAGGGAAGCUUGGUUGCAUGGAAAACUAAGGGAUUCGGGAGGAAGCACACCACCUUUCGAGAAGGACAUGGACCCAAAGAACUUAAACUAUGAAAGAAUAUCGGAUUUGAACGCAUCAAGCCACACAGGGACGAGCCCCAAGAAGCCCAAUCUGGAGUUCACCUUAGGCAGGGCACUUUGAUCUCAUCAUCUGCUGGAGUACUCAUUUUGAAAUCAUUAUAUCUCUGAAGGGUUGGUAAUGAGAAUCAGGUACCCACUUGGAAAUCAGAGAAAAGAAAGAAAGAAAAAGAAAGAGAGAGAAAAGAAAGAAAGACAAGGAGACAAAAGAGACAGAAAGCAGAAAAAAGGAGAAGGUGAAAAAGCAUGUCCUUCCUAUCAAGCUGUGAGACCCAAAGCAGCAUAUUAUAUUCCAACGUAAAUAUGAAAUCUAAUUUUAUUUUUGUAAGUUUGGCACUUGAUACUUCUCACUUCUCAGAGAGAGAGAGAGAGAGAGGUGUUAAUUGUUAAAGUGGAAUAUGAUCCUUGCAUUGGUAAUUGCAAUUUGAGCUCUUUCCUUUUACACA